CGUCAAAUUUGUGAUAUUCUGUGGUAAUCGUUUUAGCGAUAUGAAAAUUCGCAUUAUUUAUUUUUACCUGCUUAAUUAAUUAAACGUUGGAUGAAAAUUGUGUAGAGAAUUCAUAUCUCUACACCUUUUGUGUAUUCAUCAUCUUGAUGUUUAACUGUUGUAUACAAUCAGAGGACUCCGCGAAAGGUCCAAUGGCUGCAAUUAGAAAAAAAUUGGUAAUUGUUGGUGACGGUGCGUGCGGAAAAACAUGUUUGCUUAUAGUAUUUAGCAAAGAUCAAUUUCCCGAAGUAUAUGUGCCCACCGUCUUCGAAAAUUAUGUGGCAGACAUAGAGGUUGAUGGAAAGCAAGUUGAGUUAGCAUUAUGGGAUACAGCCGGUCAAGAAGACUACGAUCGUCUUAGACCAUUAUCUUAUCCUGAUACUGAUGUAAUUCUUAUGUGCUUCUCGGUGGACUCUCCGGAUUCUCUUGAAAACAUACCAGAGAAAUGGACACCCGAAGUGAAGCACUUCUGCCCAAACGUGCCAAUCAUCCUUGUAGGUAAUAAGAAAGAUUUACGCAAUGAUCCCAAUACUAUAAAAGAAUUAGCUAAAAUGAGACAAGAACCAGUAAAGCCUCAAGAUGGUCGUUCGAUGGCAGAAAAAAUUAAUGCCUUUGCUUAUUUAGAAUGUUCAGCUAAAAGCAAAGAGGGAGUUAGAGAGGUUUUUGAGACAGCUACUCGGGCUGCUUUGCAGGUCAAAAAGAAGAGAAAGAAUCGUUGUGUCUUGCUUUGAGCCGUAAUGUAUUCUUAUUUUAUAUAAUAUCCGUUGUGUGUUGAUGAUUUCAAGGGGGCUUCUGCAUCAUGUAUGAAACUAACAAAAUAAACCCCUCUUCUUUUUGUUUAGUUCUCUUCUAAAAUUCCUGCUCCCUUUUGUACCUAUGUAUAUCUAAAGUUGUUAGAGUGUGGAAGAAAACUUAUUUCAAAUUAUGGUAGAAGAUUGAAGUAAUCUGAUUUGGCAAAUUUUCACAUAUAAGACCUGUUGAUAUUUUUCAAUAUAAUUGUAAACAUACCAGUUGAUUGUUGCAAACAUGUCAGUUUUUGGGGAGAUUUUUCUUCCAUACUGUGUCUGAUAUUUUUUAUAAUCAAAUUAAAUGUUAACUAGUUAGAAUCUGUCAGUGUCAAUUGCACAAAGUAUAUAUGGCAUGCACAUUUUUCUGGAUUAAACAAUUUUAAAAUUGAAAACUUGUGAUUUCAGUUGAGAAUGAUACGUUUCCUAUAACCUGAUAAUUAUUUUGAAGUAAAUAAUUCAAAAUUUUUUAUUUCUUCUAUAUCGAAGAAGCAUUUUUUUUAAUCAAAUUUUUUUUUUUUUUUCUGAUAUAUUGAUCAAAAGUAUAAAUUUUGUGUUGAUGUUUGAAAGUUUUCUUCAAAUUAUAACAAAUGGAACACUUAAUAACGUCAUGAAUAUUGUAUAAACUGAAAAUAUCAUUUUCCACUUUUUGUACUAAAAUCAAAUUUGCGUUUUUCAUUUAGGUAGAUUAUUUUGUGAGGACUUGCUCGUAUAGCUUUACAAACAUUGAUUUCAAAUGCAGUCACUCAGUUGGGCAAUCGAAGGAGAGAAUUAAGAUGCCCUCUAUUUAUGUAUUUAAGAAUAAGAAGCCAUUUUUGGAUUAUACUGAACAAGUCUUCAUAAUUUAGUAGGUAUCAAAUUAUCCGUAUUUUUUAAGAUGAAUAUUAAAAAUUAUGCAUUAUUUUAUAUAUUAUAUGUAAUAAUGAUCAAUUAUUAUUGAAUUUACAAUUGUCAUAUUUUUGAAUUUGACCAUUCGUUUUUUCAGACACAAGUCUAGUGUCUGAACUGUUAUUGUAGCUUUAAGUUAGUGUGUAUCUUAAAGGUAAAUAAAUUGUUUUCCUUUAUUAAA